AUGGAGUCCCUCCCAGAUGCUAUUGUUCAAUACAUAUUGUCGUACAUGAAUAAUGCCCGAGAUGUGGCGCUUUGUAAUUGUGUAUCUAAGCGAUGGAAGGAUUCAAUUCCGUACAUCCGGAGUCUUAUCUUCCCUAGGGGCUCCUUUGAUAAUCUCACAGGCAGUGACACUCCCGAUGAAAUUGUAUUGAAGAUGAUUUCUCUGAUUGAAAGAUUGGAAAGUCUUGUUGUGUAUAGCCCAUUUUCGGGUGCUGGGCUUGCGUCAUGGCUGACAGUCAUAGGCCCCUCCCUUAGGUAUCUUGAGCUUCGAAUGGACAAUCUUGGUGAACAAGACAUCUUUAAUGAACGCCCUUCGAAAUUGGAUUGCUUAACUGCUGCAAAGAGUUUGGAGUCAUUAAAGCUUUGGGGAGUCUUAAUGACCUGUUCCCCCAAGUGGGAUGUCUUCGAGAAACUCAAGAACCUUGAAAUUGUUGGUGCAAGGGUGGAGGAUCCUGCGUUGUCAACUGUGCUUCGGGCCUGUCCUAACCUGACCAAACUGUUGCUGCUUGGUGUUGACGGAGUUGUUGCAGUUUCAAUUGAGUUGCCACUUCUGGAGCAGUGUAAGCUAGACUUCUACGGCUUGGGAAAUUGUUCAUUUUCUAUGAACUGCCCAAAAAUUGAAGUCCUUGAGGUGCAAGGCUGUAGUUGGAUUCGGGUUCAGAAGACAAAGCAUUUGAGGAAUCUUUCGAUUGCCAAUACAGCAGGGAGAGUGUACAUGGUUGAUUUUGAUAAACUUGUGGCUCUGGAGUCCUUAUCCAUCAGGGGUGUCCAGUGGUGUUGGGGUGCAAUAAGCAGUAUGCUACAAUGGGCAAGUGAAGUGAAGCACCUCUUUAUGAAGGUGGAAUUCACAGGAGAUUUUGAGACUCUUCAUCCCUUUCCAGAGGUUGACUUUGUUGAUUUUUUCAAUAAUCAUCCCAGGCUGCAAAGUUUUGACAUUCAUGGAGCAAUGUUUGCUGCUCUUUGUCAGAAGAACAGUCUGAAAAAUGUUGAUUCAGAAUUUGUAAUUCCUUGUCUGGAGGAAGUGGUGAUCACAGUGCGAUCACCGCUGAAUGCUGAACAGAAAAUGAGCACUCUAGAAUCCCUGUUGAAGUAUGGGAAGAAUCUCAAGAGCAUGGUGAUCAAGGUUCUUCAGAUGAAGAGCAACCAUAGCAGUGCAGAUGAUUUCUUUGAUGAGAUAUGCAGGUUUACAUGCAUGAACCGAAAGAUAGUUAGAAUCGAAUAA